UUGAUAAACCUUUGAAUCAUCUUUUCCCUUUAUUCUUCGUUUUCCGCUUGAAUUCUUCUACUCUUUUGUUUAUCAAUGCCUCCAACAUAUUUCCCCCUCCGAUGGGAGAGCACCGGCGACCGCUGGUGGUAUGCUUCUCCCAUUGACUGGGCCGCCGCCAACGGCCACUACGACUUGGUCCGCGAGCUUCUUCGCUUGGACGGCAACCACUUAAUCAAACUGACAUCCCUCCGCCGUAUACGGCGGCUUGAGGUUGUUUGGGAUGAUGAACAGCAGUUUGAUGAUGUUGCCAAGAACCGUUGUUUGGUAGCCCAGAAGCUUUUACAUGAAGGUGAAUGCAAAAGAGGAAGAAACUCCUUGAUUGGAUCUGGGUAUGGAGGGUGGCUUUUGUAUACAGCUGCCUCCGCCGGCGAUUUGGAGUUUGUUCAACAACUGUUACAGAAAGACCCACUUUUGGUUUUUGGUGAAGGAGAGUAUGGUGUGACUGAUAUACUCUAUGCUGCUGCUAGAAGCAAGAACACAGGCGUUUUUUGGGUUAUUUAUGAUUUUGCAAUGUCUCCGAGGUUCAUCUCCGGUGACCGGAGAGUGGUGGAGGAAAUCCCAUCUGGGUACAAGCAAGAAAUGAAGAACAGAGCUGUUCAUGCCUUGGCAAGAGGUGGGAACUUGAAGAUUUUAAUGGAGGCUCUUGGUGAUUGUUCUAAUGAAGAUGUUUUGGCUUAUAGAGAUAUUCAAUCUUCAACUAUCUUACACACAGCAGCUGCCAAAGGACAGGUUGAGGUUGUUAAAGAUCUGAUAUCAUCUUUUGAAAUGAUCAAUUCCGUGGACAAACAAGGCAACACAGCUUUGCAUACAGCUGCUUACAGAGGCCAAUUAUCCACGGUUGAAGUUCUGAUCCAAGCAUGGCCUUCUUCUAUAAAUUCAAGAAACAAUGCUGGAGAGACGUUUUUACACAAGGCGAUCAGAGGUUUCCAAGCUCCAACUUUCAGAAGGCUCGACCGCCAGAUUGUUCUCAUGAAGCAACUGGUGUGCUCGAAAACAUUCAAUCUUAAAGAAGCCAUUAACGCUAGAGAUAAUGGAGGACGAACYGCCCUWCAUUUAGCCAUUAACGGKAACUUACACAGUGAUCUAGUGGAGCUACUUAUGAUCGUGGGUUCGCUUGAUGUGAACGUCCGUGAUAACGAUGAGAUGGCUCCACUUGAUCUUCUUAAGCAACGGCCACGAUCAGMUUCAUCAGAAUUGCUGACUAGACAACUGAUCUCRGCCGGAGCAACUUUCGGUAGUCAAGAUUACACAGCAAGAAGAAUGAUUGCUUCCCAUUUGAAAAUGGGCAGCAUUGGUGGUGGUGGUAGUCCAGGAACUUCUUUCAAACUUUCUGAUUCUGAAAUGUUUCUAUACACUGGGAUGGAUAGUACUUCCUCUACCACUACCUAUGGCACUCCAGUGUUCAGUAUGCAUUCCGCAGAWCUGAGUCAACUYGACUCGAGUUCRAACUCAAACUCUGAAUCCAAGAGCCCCAAAAAGAAUAAGCAGAAAGGGAUACAGCGAUUCCUUCAGUGGGUUAGGAGGAGAAAAGGAGGAAAUGAAGGUAUGAUUUUGACAAGAAACUUGAAUGAAAUCCCAGUUUCUUUGAGAGAAAGAUACUCAUCACUUCCGAACAACAAGAGAACACUCGCUGCAAGAAGCAAUCUUGUUAGCCCGACMGUYAAAAAGAAAGUUGCUUCUGGAUUGGUURAUGGAGUUAUGCAGGCAAUGCCACAUUUGAACCGACGAUCGGGAUCUAAUUCGCAGAGUUCAUUGGAUAACAAAGAUAUGGGAGUCGAUGUGGUGGGUUCAUCGAGCUCGAAUCAGAUGUUUGAUGAUGGAGAUGAUGAAGAACAAGGGGUGGUGAAUAGCAGAAGGCUCUGGUGCUGAGCAGCAGCAGCAGGAGAUUUAUAAUAGUUAUGUUGUAUUAACAAACUUAAAAUGUUUUAGUAGAUCGGUUUCUUGAUCUUGUAAUUGCAUCCAAAUAUGUUAUGUUGGUUUGGAACUUGGACGUUUUAAGAAACUUGGCUGCAGGUUUAUAUAGGAGCAAGGAAUGAGUAAUUGAUGAUGA